UGGAAACACGCACGAAGAGUUUGUGAAACGUCCUGAACCUCUCCCCUCCCCCACUGAUUACCCAGAGAACCCUAGCCAACCCGAUACAGCGUGCAGCUACGGCUGUGAACCCAAUGUCGAGACGUUACGCGCCGCCUCCACCCCCUCCGCCACAACCAAGGCAUUUAUACAAGCAGCGAUCGUGGUCCCCUGACGCGGAGCGAGACGAGGCGUGGCUCAGGCGGAAGGGAAGCUAUGGCGUGGGGCUCCGUCGUAGCCAAAGCGUCACCAACGAUGAUUUGCAGGAGCUCAAAGGCUGUAUCGAGUUAGGUUUCGGUUUCGAACCCGACUCGCCCGAACUGGAUCCGAAACUAUCCGAUACUUUACCCGCUUUGCCAUUUUACUGCGCCGUUAAUCGUCAAUAUAGCGGUAGAUUAUCGAGGUCUUCAUCCACUUCAUCGAUUGGAUCCUUUAACGAUGCUGGUAGCUCUAGCACGAUAAUUGAUCAUGGCGACGAUCCGGAGACGGUUAAGACUAGGUUGCGGCAAUGGGCGCAGGUGGUGGCAUGUUCGGUGCGGCAGUUUUCAGGAGAACCAAAUUGAUUGCGGUGUUCUCUUUUCCUCCUUAUUUUUGUAUAGAAGCUUCAGUUAACAGUAUUGGAUGUAGAAAUUAAUUUUAUAUAACUUCUAAAGUUCAAGUUUGUAUUGUAAUAGAUAGGAUUGGGAUUUCAUUGUAAUAUAUAUUUUUAUGAUUA